AUAGAUAAAAAAAAUUUCAUCUUUCAAGUGAAAUGGACUUUCCAAACCCUGGGCCUUAUAGCCCACCGGAGGCUUCCAAAUCCGCAAAAACUCAGUCCUCACCUCUUGCAUGCGACGGCCUCAUCCUCGCAAUUCUCUCCGGUGAGAACACAAGCGUUAAUCUCUCUGCCUCGUGUCGCUCAAACGAGGAGAUCUCAGUCAAUCGAUCGAGUAAAUUAGCAGAGAUGGGAGGAGCUGAGCAUGGACAUGGACAUGGAGCUGAGGAUUUUAGGACGAGGGUCUGGAGCAUGUCGGUGGUCCAUACUGCCGGCCCGAGCACUGGCGUCGCAACACCUAUGCUUAUGCCUUACAUGGUUUUGCCGAUUUUAGUAUCACGUAUUGCCAGCUCGAGAUUUUGUGCAAACGCGCCUCUAAAGAACUCCUCGUUCUGUGGCAAUCACACCACAAGGUCCGACGGCCAGUGGAUCCCCUGCCCGUUCUUGAUUAAUGAAAACAUCCUUGGCAAAUGCUUUCGUAGUUGUACGUCUUUCAUAAAUCCAAGAAUUUCACCUCUGACUAUGAAAUACAAAUGCCCCCGACUAGCAUUCAGGCCGUCAUGGAUCGGUUGGCACGUAAUGUGGAGGAAUCUGGCGCGAUUUGCGGCAUCGAGCUUCCGCCGCCGAUUGAGGCUUUUCUCGACUGCGAUUCCUGGUGCGUGUAUUAUACACAAGCGUGGUGCUGAUAUUCUUCACGAUCCUUGGUUCAACAAGCAUACGGGGUUUCCUUUGUUAGAAAGAGAUAGAGUAGGCCUCCGUGGCCUCCUUCCACCUCGUGUAAUAUCAUUUGAGCAGCAAUAUGUUCGUUUUAAUACUCCCAGUUAUGCUGAUGUUGGUACUAACAAUCAAAAGCUACUUGAAGACCGGCUUUAUUUAGGGGUUAGACAACCAAGGUUGGAAGGUGAAGAAUAUUUAUCGAUUGUUGAUGAAUUCAUGGAAGCAGUUUUCAAACGUUGGCCCAAGGCUAUCAUACAGUUUGAGGAUUUUCAAAUGAAGUGGGCCUUUGAAACUCUGAAACGGUAUCAGAAAAGGUUUUGCAUGUUCAAUGAUGACAUACAGGGGACUGCUGAUGUUGCACUUGCGGGAUUAUUGGGAACUGUUAGAGCACAAGGUCAACCAUUGGCUGACUUUGUAAACCAAAAGAUAGUUGUUGUGGGAGCUGAAGCCUUCUUUUUCAUCUCAUUCAGUUUUGUGGCUUCCAGUGCAGGGUUGGGUGUUCUUAACAUGGCUGUGCUGGCUGUUUCAAAUAUGACAGGAAAUAAUGAAACAGCUGCACGCUAUUUUUUCCUAAUUGAUAAAGAUGUAUCAUUCUCAGCUUAUAAACCUCAGCAAUCUUUUCUUUCUCCUUUGCAUACCCUCCUCUAUGGUCUCAUUACUAAAGAAAGGAAGAAUAUUGAUCCAGCAGCAGCACCAUUUGCUAAAGAUCCAGUAGAGACAAUGGGACUUGGGGAGGGUGCCAUGUUGCUCGAAGUGGUGAAAAAGGUCAAGCCCCAUGUGCUGCUUGGUUUGUCAGGAGUUGGUGGCAUCUUCAGUGAGGAGGUGUUGAAAGCCAUGCAUGAAUCUGAUUCAAAGAAACCUGCAAUUUUUGCCAUGUCAAAUCCCACCUUGAAUGCUGAAUGUACUGCUGCUGAUGCAUUUAGGCAUGCUGGUGAAAACAUAAUCUUCGCAAGUGGAAGCCCUUUUCAAAAUGUUGAUCUAGGCAAUGGUAAAGUAGGUCAUGUAAAUCAAGCAAAUAACAUGUACCUGUUCCCUGGGAUUGGUCUAGGAGCUCUGCUCUCAGGUGCCCGUUUUAUAACAGAUGGAAUGUUGCAAGCAGCUGCUGAAUGUCUUGCAUCUUAUAUGACAGAUGAAGAGAUUCAAAAGGGCAUCUUGUACCCAUCUAUCGAUAGUAUUCGGCAUAUUACAGCAGAGGUUGGAGCUGCUGUUCUGCGAGCAGCUGUUAGUGAAGAAUUGGCAGAAGGACAUGGUGAUGUGGGUGCCAAAGAGCUCAUGCAAAUGUCAAAAGAAAACAUAUGUCAUUUAAAAGAAUCUCAAAUCUCACCUCAAAUGUGCAAACAAAAUGGUGAGAAUAUCCUCCUCCUCACCCAGUCCUGAACAGAAAGCCCAGGAAAUUGUGGUGUUGAGAUUGAUUUAGCAGGAGGAGACAGUUGAUUACAUCACGCGCAAUAUGUGGUAUCCUGUUUACAGUCCUCUUGUUCACGAGAAGCAGGCGAACAAUUAUUUGAUUCCAUUUUACAGACUAGUUAUGGUUAAUUCUAUGUGAACUGCAGUCAGAAGUUGUGCAGGCAAAGUGCAAAUUCAUUUUAGCCAUUGCUCUCUAUCAUAUUUUCAAGAGAGACGAAUAAAGGAGAUCCAUCAAGGCUCUUUCCAAUUCAGAAGCUGUAGAAAAGCUCAAAGAAUCAGGACUGUAUUCUACUCUAUGAGUUAUAAUCAUCACUUAAAAACUUCUUAAUACCUAUCAAGUCAUUGUUUGUUGGACACAUUGAAAUUGAUUAUCAUUUCUAGGCCGGCAUGAAUUGAUUAUUU